CCUUAAGCCCUGCUGGGCCCUUCAGUCUCCGCGGAGGGAGGGACGGAGGGAGGCAGGCAGGGCGGGCUGAGGAUGGCGGCGUCCCCGGCCUCCCUGCCGCCGGGCCUGGAGGAGCAGCAGGAGGCGGAGGGCGAGGAGGGCCUGCUGGGCUCCCGCAGCCGCUCGGCCAGCCUCCUCAGCCUGGGCAGCAGCAGCCUCAGCAGCGCGGGCUCCGCGGGGCGCUUCCUGCUCCGGCAGCGAGUGGCGCAGCUGAUGUCCCGCGUGGAGGACGUCAGUUCGGACGAGGAGCUCCAGGAGCAGGUCUCCCUCGCCCUCGACCAGGCCUUCCUCCGCUGCGCCGGCGGCGCCAGGAGGCCCAGGCACCCGCCGCCGAUCAGGCUGCACCUGGUCACCUGGAACGUGGGCACGGCCUCUCCUCCGCCGGAGGUCUCCUCCCUGCUCGGCCUCAACGCCCCGGAGCCCUCCGUGGACCUCUACGUCAUCGGCUUGCAGGAGGUGAACUCCAGGAUCGUCAGCUUCCUCUCGGACAUGGCCUUCGAUGACCCUUGGAGCCACUUCUUCAUGGCCGUCCUCUCCCCGCUGGGCUUCGUCAAGGUGUCUUCCAUCCGGAUGCAGGGCCUCCUCCUCCUGGUCUUUGCAAAGCAAGCCCUCCUUCCUUUCAUUCGGGACGUUCGAAGCCAGUUCACCCGGACAGGGCUCUACGGAUAUUGGGGAAACAAGGGAGGGGUCGCCACCCGCUUCUCUCUCUAUGGGCACACCGUCUGUUUCUUGAACUGCCACUUGCCAGCCCACAUGGAGAACGCAGAGCAGCGCCUGGAUGACUUUGAACACAUUUUAGAGAUGCAGCAUUUUGAGGGUGAGAACAUCCCCAGCGUCAUGGAUCACGAUGUCCUCUUCUGGUUUGGUGAUUUAAACUUUCGGAUUGAAGACUACGGGCUGCAUUUCAUCCGAGAGUCGAUAAACAAGAGCCGCUUCAGUCUUUUGUGGGAAAAGGACCAGCUAAACAUGGCAAAGAAGAGGGAAGCCUUUCUGCAAGAAUUCUCUGAGGGGCCCCUGAAGUUCAAGCCCACCUACAAGUUUGAUCUCUACUCCAAUGAAUAUGACACCAGGGGCCAGAAGACGUUAUUUUGGUUUAAUGGGAAGAAACGGAAGCCAGCGUGGACAGAUCGCAUCCUCUGGAGAGUGAAGCAUCUCUUGCCCCUGACCUCAGAAACCAGAGAGAUGCCAGAGGAACCGGCCAUUUCUGUCUCUCUGGAGAACUAUGUCAGCCACAUGAUUUAUGGCAUCAGUGACCACAAGCCUGUCACUGGGACCUUUUGCCUUGAGGUGAAGCCACUGGUAUCAGCCCCACUAGUCACAUUGCAUCCUGUGGGCAACUGGACCGCCGAACAAGAUGCCACUGUCAGUUACUCUACGGCUCCUGAAUUCCUCAGCAGUGCUUGGGAUUGGAUUGGCCUCUAUAAGGUGACAUUUAGGCACCCAAAUGACUAUGUGAUGUAUGCUUGGGUGCAGGACAAUGAAAUUUCCUCUGGGGAUGAUGCAAAGCAGGUUUACCUUGGUGCAGAGGAGCUUCCUGCAACAGGAGGAGAAUUUUUGCUGGGCUACUACAGCAACAGGAUGCAGUCCAUAGUGGGCCUCAGCCAGCCCUUUCACAUUCAGCCAAACAGAACGUUGCCUGAGAAGGACCCAUUUUGGGAUGGGGUCAGCGAGACGGAAAAGCUUUGCAACGAGAAGCCACCGUGUGACCUUUAAGGCUACCUGUGGACCUCCGAUGGGGGCAGUGAGGCCGCCCUUUCCUUUGCCUUAGCUGGAGGCCUCUCCUUCUGCAGCGGGGAGAGGAGGCACAGGCUCACUUCCGCGUGAGUCUGAGCAGUUCAGAACAUCGUUUCUUAGGAAAUAAAUACUCCCUAUCACA